AGCGCGGGACGUCCGGUCGGCGUUAUCCGGCGGCGCGUGUUUCUGUAAAACAUGGCUAAAAGCUUACGAAGUAAGUGGAAAAGGAAGAUGCGUGCUGAAAAGAGGAAAAAGAACGCCCCAAAGGAGCUCAGCAGACUCAAAAGCAUUCUCAGAGUGGACAGGGAUGUUCUGAUGAAGGAUGUCCAAGAGGUAGCAACUGUGGUAGUCCCCAGACAUGACCAGGAGAACAUGCAGAGUGUGGUGAAGGAUGAAGACGAUGACAUGAAAAUGGAGACUGACAUCAAGAGAAACAAGAAGACUCUUCUCGACCAGCAUGGGCAGUACCCAGUGUGGAUGAGCCAGAGGCAAAGAAAAAGGCUGAAGGCAAAGAGAGAGAGAAGAAAGGGGAAAAGCAAGGCCAAGGCGGCUAAGGCAGCGAAGGGUUUGGCCUGGUAGACUCUGAGCAGUGUGGAGAGUGCCACAGACAGAUGUCUGGUGAGGACGCAUAUCUAGACUUCAGCUCCCAGCAAGACCAACCUGCGCUGUUUCCUUCAGUUCACACCCAGCAUGUCUCUUCAAGUUUGUUUUGGGAGCUUUGAACAAAGCGUUCCUUGGAUGGGUGGAAGCUGUGCUGCUUUCAGCUGAAUGCUGCCCCAUGUCCUCGUGUUACCAGACGUCCACAGUCUGGUGGUAACAUGGUUGUGGGUGGCGUUCUGACAACCUGAUAUCUAUAGUCAGUGAGGAUAAGACAGUUGAUACACUGACAAAAAAGAGUGGACUCAGCUAUGAUAUGUCAGUAGAUCUUAUAAACAGUUACUUCUUUGAAGUUCUGAUUUUGUAUAAUUCAGAAUAAAAGAUAACUUUGUGUG